ACACACUCUCGUGCUGAUGGACGGAUUGCUGUAUUGUUUCUUUGUUUCUCGCAGAGUGACACCUCUCUGCCUCAUAGAGGAUCUCCGGCCACCCGCCCAGCCUCAGCACCACCAUCCUCUCUCCGUGCGCGCACCAACGUUAGAAGAAACCGUGAGAGGGAUGAGGCCUUCCUGAUCCGGACAAACACCUGGACCUCGUUCUCCUCCCCCGAGCUCGUCUCUCCGGUCCGGUAUGUCUGUGAGCCUGCUCCCCGUCACGCCAUGCCCGCUGCUGAACGCUCCCUGCCGCCGCUGCUGCCGCCGCUGCCGCCGCUCCUCCUGCCGUCGCUGCUGUUGAUUUCCUGCCUGGAUGUGGCGGUGAGAGCAGCGGAGGAGGGCGGCGGCCUGCCCGGGGACAAUGGAGACCCGUUCACCGCCGAUCCGACCGGCCCGGGGAGAUUUGUGGGGCCCGCCGCUGUCACGGCAGAGUCCCAGUUUGCUCUGAAGGUCCUGGUGAGGGACAUGGUGACCCGUCAGCCGCUGCCGGGCGCUUCAGUGGACGUUUACAUCAACCACACCCUGAGGAGCUCCACCCAAACAGGCGAGAGAGGCGAGGUGCUGCUCUGGGUAACGUACAGUCCGGGGCUCAGUCUGACUCUGCUGGGCAGCAUGGACGGCUACGUCCCCAGCCCUCUGCCCUGGAGCACCACCAAGAGACCGAUUUUCUCUGCGGUGACGUUGCUGCUGCUCCCUCACAGUCAGGGGAACAUCUGGCUGUUUGAAGACUCGGUGCUCAUCACUGGGAAGUUACCUGACAGCUCCUCCCAGCCCAGAGUUAAGUUCCCCAAGAACCUCCUCACGAUGUCGGAUACGAUCAACAUCUCGUCUGUGACCGCGUACAUGACUGUACCACAGCACCACCUAGCUAAAGACUGCACCAACUGCACUCCAGGCAUCAUCAGCAACAAGUCAGUGUUCAGAAGCAUCGAGCUGAAGGCGGUGGCAGCCAUCAAUGUCCUGCUGUACUCUGAUGGCGAGGAGCUCCAGGUUCGAGGGCCCAUUCAAUUCAGCCUGCCGCUGGGACACAACACACGCCUCAGGGCUGCUGACACAGUGCCAGCCUGGGCCUUUAACCUGAAGACAGGUGCCUGGGAGAAUCAGGGUCUGGGAAUAGUGAAAUCUGUUGGCGAUGAGCUGGUUUGGACCUACACCGCUUCCCACCUGGGCCACUGGAUCGCUGCCCUGCUACCCUCGUCAAACGAUUACCUGGGACAUGAAAGCUCGUGGGAUUUCCUGUCAUACCACACCUACCUGCUGAUGGGAAUUCUGGGAGGAAUGCUGGCUAUUGUGGUUGGAUUUCUUUCUUUGCUGCUGUGUCACUGCGGAAGUUCUCAUCGACAGCCCAGGAGGAGGAGGAGGGCACGCUUUUCCAAACUCACCGUGGUGAAAAAAGACCAAACCACCUCCACCCACAUGGAAGAGGGUCUGUUGUUCCGCUCUGGCGACAACAGCCUCGCUUCCUGCAGUGUCCAGUGCGACCCCUCGUCUACGCCGAGGCAUAAGGCCAACUACAACAUCUACGUGGAGGAUCCAGGGAGUCGCCCGGCGGCUCCUUUCUAUGAGAACAUUGCUCUGGAUCGCAUCAAAGGUUCCCAGCCUCCAUCUCUCUACAUCAACAGUGAAGAGGUGGCUCGGCUACGGGAGAAGGCAGAGCAGAACCGGGCCAACAUGAACUCUGACAACUUCUUUCAGGAUAAGUUGGUUCAUAUCUACAACCAGCCACUGGCUAUCAUUCAGGCACCAGAACUUUUCAGUGCUCAGGAGCAGCAGCUGUCAGGCUGCAAGUCUGCUACUUUCCCCCGCAAUGGAGUUGAGUAUGAAACUCACUCCGAGCCUGCAAGUAAAGACAGCUACACCCAGACGCUCCCCAAAGUCCCUCACCACCACAUUCAAAGUGGAAGCAGCCCACAGCAGAGCAGUCAAGAUGAGCCACAGCCUCUGGAGACUCCUCCCCAAGGCCAAGGCCCUAACGCCGGGGUGUGGGGGCGCUACAGUAACCUGCUUGAAUCCUCCGUCUCUGUGCCUGGAACUCUUAAUGAGGCAGCUGGUAUGGAGGCCUUCAGCGGUGUGCAUGGUGUACCCAGUGAACUGCAGGGGAUUUCAGAGCGCACCUUACUGGAGCUGACCCGAGGGAAGCCCUUGUCUUCUCACCCUAGGGCCUGGUUUGUCUCCUUAGAUGGGAAGCCGGCUGCUCAGGUUCGCCACUCCAUUAUUGAGCUCCAGAGCCGCCACCGCCCGCCGAGCAGCAACGAUACCAGCCUGGACUCAGGGGUGGACAUGAACGAGCCUCUGCAAAAUAUCCGCGAGACAGAGCGUGACAGGCCUUCGAUCAGGGCCUCUUCCCUGCCGCACCACAGCCGAGGGGGGCGUUACGGUGAAGAGCAGGACCUGAGCAGUAGUGAGAGCGGCACAACAGCCACCUGUACGCCUGAGGACCCUUCCCUGAGGAACAUUUUAGACGGGAGCAGCGGGGCUAUUCCCAACAUUCCUGAAGAGCGAGACGGGAUGGAUACUUCCAGUGCUCAGGAAGACAGCGAGUCAAGAGGUACACCACCUCCACGUCGCCUGAGGAAGGUGAGAGAGAAGGGGAAGACGGAAAAGAGGAGUGCCAAGCAUGUCCGCGAAGGGAGACCUCUGACCAAGCGAAGCUAGAGCAUGGCUCAUUGCAAACAUCAAGCAUCCUUUUCAUCAGUGCUUAAUUUAAAUGUCCCACGAACCGUUGAGUCCACAUCGAGCUGUUUUCAUCACAUGGUGUCACAUCAGUGCUGAGUGAUCCAAAUGAGUUCUUACCACUUGUGCUCACACAGGCAUCGUUGUUGUUGAGUUAUGUGAUUGUACAACUUUGCCAAAGAAUGCAAACGCUAGCUCAAGAAACAAAGCAGCAUUUAUGUCACACUGAAGCAUUAUGUAGCUGCUGUUAGACAAUUCUGUGCACCACGUUCUCUCAUCUUCCCGAAUCUGAAGAUCACCAGCGAGAUUCUUCACAGCAAAAUGUCCGUGUGAACACGAUAUCCCAUAAUUCCCAGUACGGCAUUAUAGAGGGUGCCUUCCUACUGCCUGUAGUCAUUAAAUGAGUACCAGAGGCACGGUAUUUGUCUAUAUUUAGUAAAAUCCGGUGAGUUUGCAGGACAGACACAGAUACAGGUCUAUGUGUAGUGCACUUAUCCUCACCAUAAAUGCCUGCUGUAAAUUAAAUAAGACAUGAGAAGCGUUCCCGGUUCAUCAUACAGCCUCAUUUUAGGUGAAGACUCACGAAAAGACUCAGUUAUGUCAUCGAUGGAAUCAGCUUUGUCAGAAAAAUCUAAAUUUAUAACUCCUGACACAAACUACUGAAGUACUGUACAUUGUAAAGCGAAGCUGCCAUUUUGAACUUUGAAGCCUACGGUUCUUGUAGAAUGCAUGAACGUGAAUGUCUCCUCGUGUGUAUGACAAUAUGUUGUGUUUCCUGUAGCGCUAACAUCACAUCACCGUAGCUGUUAGAUUACUCUGUGACUGAAUGAUUCAUUUCAUUUUCUAGUCUCAAAAGGAGACUCUGUGUUGUGCUGCCAGCUGUGACUGCUGUAAAGAAAUAUGAAGAGUACCACAGGACGUCUACACUAUGAGUAAAAAUGACUUUAAACCACAUCCACAAGAGUUGGCUAAGACUUGGCACUAAAACAUGUGAAAGUUCUGUUGAUGGAAGGGUAACAGCUUCCAGUAGCUUUGGCAAUAUAAACAGUUUGCAGUGUUAAGUUAAGGAGGCCAAAAGCUUCCUGUCAGCCCCACAAGUUAUACAUUAUUAUUGUUUUCUUGUUAAAUAACAUACAGUAUUAUCCCACAUGACUAUGAUAACAUGAAUUUGGUGCCUUUGGAGCUUUGCUGUCACACCCUGUGUUUCCAAACCUCUUAAAACUUUUGACAAAAAGAGAUUUACUUGGUGAACUGCCAUCAAAUGUUGUACAAACAUUCAGGGUCCCCAGAGGAUGGACCUGACUCACUUUAGUGAGGCCUUUUCCUCUAAAGCCACCAUGAGGUUGACGUUUUAUGUGAAAUAUUUCAACAGCUGUUGGAUGGACUGCCUCAUGGUGAUUUCUCAUAAGCUUGUGGAUCUCUAAACUUUCCAUCCAAUACUUCUUCAGCUGUGACUAGUGCUACAUGUGCAUACAUGUGGCUUUGUUUGUUCUGCGUCCUCUACUGACUGACAUAAUUGGCAGCUUUGAGUCAAAUAAAGCACAGCACACUUUAAUAUGAGAAACUAUUGAAUCUUCAACAAUAAGAAUGGCAUCAACACAGUACUGAUCAUCGGCCAUCCUUGAUAAAGUUCGGCAAAACAACAUAAAUACCAGAGAGUGGUUUUACUAGCAAUAUUUACCGUCAAUUAAAAUUUCAAAUGGAACUUGACAGCCACAGUUUUGCCAUAUUUAGUCUUCCGUCAUGGUACUACUGUAAAAUCUUUCCCUAAUGAGUUCACUCUGUAUGUGUACGACUCGGUUCUGUAGCUGCAUCCAUGUGUUCUUUUGUAUGUAUAUAACAAAGCAACAUUUUCUGUAUCAUGUGGCUGUGACUUUGUUAUUUUGUGCUGUUUUUCUUCCAUCUAAGAGCAAAGGUCUGAGGUUAGGUUGAAUGACAGUGUCAUGACAUGUUAUCGAUAUUCUUCUUUUUAAGGCGAGCACAAAGAUAAAGAGUGUGUUCCCAAAGGGAGUGUGCAACAAGCCUGAGCUUUGUAUUUUAAAUGUAGCAACAAGUUGAGCACUUAAUCAUUCAGUAUGCUUACAAAUGAAAAUACUUUCUCCUGCCAGUCAUCAGCUUGAAAAUAUAUCCCAGCUUACACAGCGACAUCAAACCUACUGCCACUCGCUGAAUGUAUUCGUAUUGAUUUGAAUGUGUUCUGUAGUGUGCUCCUCUUGUGUCUAGCCAUUGAACCUCAUGGGCUUUUGUUUCUUCCAGAACGGCCACCUCUUGUGUUUACCUCUGUAAUGAUGGUAGUGUUAUUAGUCUUGCCUUUUUGUGCAUUAAAUAAACUUACUUGA